GCGGCGGAGCAGCCCUACGUGCUGACGCUAAUUGUAUAUGAGCGCGAGCGGCGGGCUCUCGGGUCUUUUUUAGCGCCAUCUGCUCACGGCGCCGCCUCCCGCUCCUCCCGCCGCCGCCGCUGCCGCCGCCGCCCUGAGUCACUGCUUGCGCAGCUCCGGCCGCCCGGCUCCGCGUCCGAGCCUCCUGGAACGAUAUUUGGAGUUCUUACAAGAUGGCAGACAUUGACAACAAAGAACAGUCUGAACUUGAUCAAGAUUUGGAAGAUGUUGAAGAAGUAGAAGAAGAAGAAACGGGUGAAGAGACAAAAAUCAAAGCACGUCAGCUAACUGUUCAGAUGAUGCAAAAUCCUCAGAUUCUUGCAGCUCUUCAGGAAAGACUUGAUGGUCUGGUAGACACACCAACAGGAUACAUUGAAAGCUUACCUAAGGUAGUCAAAAGACGAGUGAAUGCUCUCAAGAAUCUUCAAGUUAAAUGUGCACAGAUAGAAGCCAAAUUCUAUGAGGAGGUUCAUGAUCUCGAGAGAAAGUAUGCUGUUCUCUAUCAGCCUUUAUUUGAUAAGCGAUUUGAGAUCAUUAAUGCAAUCUAUGAACCUACAGAAGAAGAAUGUGAAUGGAAACCAGAUGAGGAAGAUGAAGUUUCGGAGCUGAAAGAAAAGGCCAAGAUUGAAGAUGAGAAAAAGGAUGAGGAAAAAGAAGACCCUAAAGGAAUCCCUGAAUUUUGGUUGACAGUUUUUAAGAAUGUUGAUUUGCUCAGUGAUAUGGUUCAGGAACAUGAUGAACCUAUUCUGAAGCACUUGAAAGAUAUUAAAGUGAAGUUUUCGGAUGCUGGCCAGCCUAUGAGUUUUAUCUUAGAAUUUCACUUUGAACCCAAUGAAUAUUUCACAAAUGAAGUGUUAACAAAGACUUACAGGAUGAGGUCAGAACCAGAUGAUUCUGAUCCAUUUUCUUUUGACGGACCAGAAAUUAUGGGUUGUACAGGGUGCCAGAUAGAUUGGAAAAAAGGAAAGAAUGUUACUUUGAAAACCAUUAAGAAGAAGCAGAAACAUAAGGGACGUGGGACAGUUCGUACUGUGACUAAAACAGUAUCCAAUGAUUCUUUCUUUAAUUUUUUUGCUCCUCCUGAAGUUCCUGAGAAUGGAGAUCUGGAUGAUGAUGCUGAGGCCAUCCUGGCUGCAGACUUUGAAAUUGGUCACUUUUUACGUGAGCGUAUAAUCCCAAGAUCAGUGUUAUAUUUCACUGGAGAAGCUAUUGAGGAUGAUGACGAUGAUUAUGAUGAAGAAGGUGAAGAAGCUGAUGAGGAAGGGGAAGAAGAAGGAGAUGAGGAAAACGAUCCAGACUAUGACCCAAAGAAGGAUCAAAACCCAGCCGAGUGCAAGCAGCAGUGAGCAGUGACUGGCCUUGAGGACGGCCUCCCU